AUGAGUUUCGUUUGGAAGUUAACGAAGGCUGGAAUAAAAAUUGGAGUAGUUUAUGCCGCCGUUAAGCUAUCUUUAGAUUAUGAUAUAUGGUCUUUAAAUACUGGUAAAGGAGCUGAUAACUAUAAUCGAUUACAGAAAACAAUUAUGCCAGGACUACAAGUGUUCUCUAACCUACCUUCAACUUCGGAAAUGGGAGAGCGUAUUGAGAAGUCAUGGAAUUGUGGCGUAAAGAAAUUCUUUAAUGCAUUUGAUUCUUCUCGUCCACGUGCCAAAUGCAGUUGA